AUGACACUGAAACGUUCCCGGCGUCUAGUUGGGCCCUCGUCGGCAAAGAAGCAACAGCCGCCGCAGCAACACGAACACGCGCCGUCUUCGUUUGAGAGCCGGAUUCAAGCCUACUGGAAGGAUCACGGUCUCGCUUUCGACGGCCGGAAUCCUAGUCACCGUGCUCCUCUGGGCCCCGUGGUGGUACCCAUGCUACAAUUUUACAUUUCUCAAUUCAUCACAGAUGCCGCCCCCGUGUCGGUGCGCGCCCUCGACGGCAUCCGCGCUGCUCUCCGCGAGCGCAACAGCACCGACCCCCUCGACCACGCAUUCGCGCUCUGGGGUGAUCUCCAGACAUGCGACGCCACGACGUCUCAUCCCGAUUACUCGCUCAACACCGAGGAUACAUUCCGCCUCCUCUGGGACACUCUGAUCGCGUGGGAUCCCCGCAAGUCUACAUCAUGCUUCUAG